GUCACACAGACGCAAGUGUAAAAGUAGAAGCUCCAACUGUUGCCCGGACUAACCCACGAACAGCAUCCACGCUCUGACACAGAGGAGUGAGACAGAGCGGAACGAGCAACGAGGAGAGGGGGGAACUUUUACGCACAGCUUGGAGAGUCUGGAUUGUUCGGGGGCUUCUUUAAAAAUUCACUUUGGAUAGUUUUUCACACCGUUUUUCUUCUUUUUUUUCCCCCUCUUGGAUUCUAAAUGGCAGCUCUAAGUCUAAUUCCCUCGCACCUGCUCCUGCUGAUGUUAAACUGUUUCCUGGGUGCUGCAUCUGUCAGGACCUUGAAAGGAGGCACCGGGAGCGCACAGGACAGUGGUUUCUUCCACUCCACGUCGUCGGACCUGUUUCUCGAUGACCUGGAUCAGGAUAUGGUCUCCCAACACAUGUUUAAACUGUAUGAGAAAUGCAACAGGGAAAACCGUCUCAAAGAGGGGAACACUGUCAGGAGUUUCAGAGCCAGCCAAGGUGCGUGAAUGCUUUGAUUUACCUGCCUAUUACGCAACCGAUAGGUAACCUUCCUGCAAACGUAUAAAGCAAAAACAACUAAAGAAGAAAUAUAUGAUAAUGCGAGUGCGCGUGAACGUCAGAGAGCUCCCUGAUCCUCUCCAUGAAUGGUUAUUAAAAGUGCACGCGCUCAGACGGUGCAUGGCUCGAGCCGACUCUCUAAAUAGGUACGGUUGUUUUGGAACAGUCUGAGAAUGCAUGUAAAUGAUUUCUGGACGCUGGUGGGCUCACUGUGUUUUGUAGCAGCAGCUGCGUCCUGUCUGAUCAAUUCCCGCAGACACGCGCGCAAUAUACCCAAGAAUGCACGCGAUUCCUCCGCCAGCCGUGUCCUAGCGUCAGUAACCUACAGUAAAACUUCAGCAGCAGCAGCUAUAAGCGCUGCAAAGGGUCAUUGUCCCGGCUCCUGUGUUCCUGUUGUGGCUACAGGACAUGUGUGGCUCCACGUCCUGGAGUCAAAGGGGCUUAGCGCACAGUCGUUCCUCUCUGCCUGAUGCUGUUUUUAAAAACACAACUCAUAGACAUUUUAUCCCACAUACUUCUCAGAUGGCAUAGCAUAACACGUGUGUAUUUUUACUGCAGAGGCUGCGUGUAAUCCAAGGAGAGAUGUAAGGGAGUUUUCACAACAAUGUAAGAUCUGUUAAAACAGUUGAUUUUGUCUUGGUGUCUGGGCAGACAGUGCUGGCUGUAUUAGGCUUAAGGGGGAAGCUUUAAAGGAGACUGAGGUAAGCAUUUCCAUAUGCAGGCUGAAUCCGAGGUAAUGUAUAUCUCUUGAGUCAGUCCAUGCUUCCGCUGAACUCUUAUACAAUGAACAAUAACUCUGCUGUUGAAGUUAAUGUUCAUCAUGAAUAUGUAGCUCUCUAUUCAACUCUCUCUGCCCCUGCCAGCCUGAUCCUGAGGGUCUGGUUCCUCUUAAGGGCACCUUCCCUCAGACGUGUAGCUGUGAACUAACAGUUUAGCGCAGACAUGUUGCAAAGAACAAGGACAAGUUUUUUAAAGUUCCACUUUUUAACCUCUUAAACGCAGCAGGGGUGAUUUUUGGCACAUUAUGAGCGCUUCUCUCCUCAACGUUUUCCUUCCUCACUGCCAUAUGAGACUCAACCGCUAAAUUCUGCUUUUAGCAUUCUUUCUACCAAAACUACUUAAAAUAGGUAAAAUACAACUUAAAAUCACCUGCUUCCGAGUGCCCAUAUUGGCAAAUACUUUCAUCGCAUUGUGCCGAACAUUUGAGCUCAUACGGGCCUCAUGAGAAGCUAAGGGAUAAUGGAGCAUACUACAUUUUGGCUUACGGUUCCUUUGCACAAACAAACACUAUGAAUAAAGACAGCUAAACUCCAUAAAUGACCUUGUUUCUGUCAUUUUUAGAUUCACAGAUCAGCAGUAAAUGUUGAGGAUGCGUGCCGGUAUCUCCAAAACUGUUUUGUGGGUUAAAACAAAGUUUCAUUGUCAGGUUGCCCACCUGACUCACCAACAAUGAUUGAUCUAUUGCUCUGGUUUCAGACUCCUCUGACCAUAGGACGGUGUACCGACUGAACCUCACCACCCUCCAGGAUUCAGAGGUCGUCCUCUCCGCCACAUUCCACUUCCUGCUCGAUCGUCGCCCUCAUCACAAACCCUGGUUCUGUAAGCGCUUCAAAAGCCCAUCCUGCCGAUCCUCAGCCGUCCAGCCUUCUCCGUCCAUCAGCCUGCUCCUUCGUUCUGUCUCCUCGGGGUCAGAGGUCAGAUCUGGGUCAAUGGGGUCACUCCUAGGCAACGUGACCUUCCACCCCCACAGGAGAGGGGUGUGGCAGAUGAAAGAUGUGACCCAGGUCAUAAAGGAGGCAAGGGAAAAGGGUCAUCUCCUGGUGUCAGUGGAGUUGGACUUAGGGCGGCAGUACCUCAUGAAACCAGAGGAGGUGCUGCCUCCUGGAGGUCUGCCCUACCUGCUGCUGUAUGCCAAUGAUCAAGCUUUGGCAGAACCCAACAGCGUGGCCUCAAGCCUUCAGAGGUACGACCCGUUAAAGGAGGACGGAGUGCCCUCUCAGUCCCCUCAGCUCCCGCAGAAACCAAACUCGUCACCAGAGCUGAAAGGACGCGUGAGAAGGGAAGCACCUCUGCUCUCUGACACCAUCCAGAACAAUGAGUUGCCAGAGGUCGACUACAGGCCCGAGGGAUACAGGAAGGAUGACCUUUGGGAAAGCACUUGGUACCUGGCACUCAAACCCAAACAUAAAUCAGGAAAGAAAAGAAAGAGCCAAGAGGAUGAAGAAGUGAGGACAGGUGGAAAAGCACACGACAGAAACGAGGAGGUUCUUAGAGAAGUAGAAAGAGUAUCACAGGAGCUAAAGCCAGAUGACUCAAAUGUGAAAAAACUCAAAGAUAGUCAUAUGCAGACUGUCAGCAAUGGACGAAAGCAUGAGCAGAAAAACGAGGGGAAAAAUGGCAAAAAGCACAAGGGGAGCGCCAGCGCUCAGUCGCCCGUUUUGAGCUUCGAUGAACAAACGAUGCGAAAGGCGAGGAGGAGGCAGUGGGGUGACGCCCAGCAGAGAGGCUGCUCCAGGAGGAACCUCAGAGUGGAUUUUGCAGACAUUGGAUGGAGCGAGUGGGUCAUAGCACCCAAGGCUUUUGACGCCUAUUACUGCGCCGGGACGUGUGGGUUUCCCAUGCCAAAGGUAGGAGCACAAAACAAUUCUGAUUCCCGUAAUGUAGUAUUUGUAGACGGGAGUAACCCAUUAAUACUAGUGCAAUUCAAGGAGAACAUACAUGUUUGAGGGUUAAUUUUUGAGCUCUUGUUUGCCUUUACCUGAUUGGACAGUUAAAGAGACAGAUAAUGGGAGGAGAGAGGGAUGGGUAUGAAAUGCACCAAUGAGCGGAACGAGUGUCCAUCCUGCAGCUAGUAUAACUAUGACUGUAGCUCCCGUCAGCUGAGCUCAACCAGAGUCCCAAAAGUCGGUACAAUUUGUCUCUGGAAACCAAAGACAAGAUUUAAAUUGGACAGCAGGCGCCAGUUUGGCCCAGUGGAUAAGUUGCACACCCUACGAACUGAGGCUACAGUUCCCUAAGUUGUGUCCGUCUUUAAAGCUCCAUUGAUGAAUUUUCUAUUAGUGUCAACUUUGGCGCCCCCCUGUGGACAAAGCAGUCUUUUUUCAUCUUGUCCUCUACAUGCUCAAGUAGUGUUUCAUGAAAUGACAGGGCGUUUUCCUGCUGUUGGGUUACCCCUACCACUUCGCACCGGUUUAAGGCAUUUAAAAAUGGUGAUUGAAAUUGUCCUUGUUUGCUUUGGCAUCAAUAUGAAAUUCAUAGGAGCUUUAAAAUUAGUUUUCACUCUGAUUUAUGUUUUUAAAAAAUCAUUUUCUGGACAUUUUAGUUUUAAUUAGUUAGUUUUUGCUAUAAAAAGGGGGUAUGUUGACAACUGAGGCUCUUAAAGCGUACUGUCAGCACCAGGUGGUGGAGUUAAGGAGUAACAGCAAGAAAAAAAACUAUAACAGAAGUCACUGAAACUUUUGUGAGUUAGUGUAUCCUUCUUUGGCAUUUUAUCAGUUGGUUAAAAGUAUGUUUUGGUAAACACAGGGCCUGUGGACAUGUAGACACUAGCUUCCAACAUCACCAGUGGAAUAAGUCAACACAGGCAGUAUUUUGGCCUCAGUUUAGGUAGAGAUGUGUUGUAAAUGGGGAAAAUUGUUGGUACCCGACAUUUUGCCAGCUUGACGAAUAUUUUGCUCUCCUUCAGCAACAUACUGCUGAUGUUUUUUUUAUCAAAUCAUGAUAAUAAACCUUGAGGUUUAGGUAGCAACUCUUUUAAUCAGUUGGAUUGAUUCAAUGACCAUACUACACACCAACACCUGUACACAUUUAAGAGGUGUUUUAAAUACAUCCUUUUGUGACACUUUGCAGUAAAAAAUUUAAAAAUGCUAUUUCCUCAGCUUACAGUUAAUCACUUUGAUUCACACCAACCCUGCAGCAGCAGUAUAAGACAUCAGAGACAUCUUUACAGGAACAGUCAAGGUUGUUGUUAACAGUCUGUUUGUUAUAAAGAGUCACUUUGUUUCAUAGCCAGUUAAAAACUUCUCUCGGGAGCUUUAAGUCUACAUCAUCUCUUUUCGUCAUGAAAUCAGUGUUACCAAGCUGUACCAAAGGUUUGUGUUGUUUUUAUUCAUUUUUCUCAUCUCUCCUUCCAGGUGGCGAAGCCGUCCAACCACGCCACCAUCCAGAGCAUAGUCCGAGCCGUUGGCAUCAUCCCCGGUGUCCCUGAGCCCUGCUGCGUCCCCGAAAAGAUGAGUCCUCUGCCUGUGCUUUACCAGGAUGAAUCCAGGAACCCAGUGCUGAAGAUUUACCCCGACAUGUCUGUGCAGUCCUGCUCCUGCAGAUAGGAAGGGGAGGGCGAUUGAGGCAGAGGAGAAAACAGGGUGGACGUGCAGAAAAUAAACAGAAAACUAAUGGGGACAGAACCAUACCUCUGUUUGGUGUCCUGACACUGAGGAACAAACUCACUUUGGCCGUCGGUAUUCCUGGAGGAACUCUGGCUGUAGAGAAAUCACUUCCAUCUCUUCUGUCCCGCGGCAGCAGACAUGAAGAGACACAUUGUCUGGCAUCUGCUUCAGCAGGAGGAACAGAGUCACACGUGUAAAGUCAGGGCUCCACAUGUCCCAGACGCCCGCUUGUUUUGAUUCUGUGUUUGAGAUUAAAACGGAGGAUUUUACAGACAGGAGCGUUUUAAAGGAUGUUUUCCUUUUAUCUCAGAACGUAGUUGUUGUUCAAGCAGCUCGCAGCGAGUUUGAGUUGGUGUUUUCUUUGGACACAAAAGCUCUGAAUAAAGACUUUAUCUUUGUGUCAUCAGGCAGCUGAAAGAGUCGCAUACAGAUGAUAGAGAUUAUGAUACAUUUUCCUACAUACUUUGUACAGAUGUUCCUACUCUAAUGAAAAUCAGACGCCACAUUGUACAUACAUGCGAUGCUCAUUUGUUUUCAGGAGAGGAAGGUUAUUGUUUUCCUUUCUUUCUUAUGUUAAAAGGAAAUAUGUCACGAAUUACAGACAGCAUCUGGGAUUCAUUUACACCCCCUCAUAACACUUCAAGAAUGUUUUAUUAAAAGCAGAAAUAUUUUUCUAUUUUGAAUGUGAAACUUGCUUAAAAUAAGUUGUCAUGGUUACUAGUUUAUGUAUUACGUUAUUUUAGAGAGAUGUGGUUUUGUACAUGUGUAUUGUUUAAAUUAUGAAAAGGUAGCCCUCUAUAUGUUAGAAUAAAAGGUAAUUUAAUCCCAUGCUUUCGCUGGAAUAUUAUUGUUUUACUCACCUUGUGUUAUUCUUAGUCAUUACUGGUUAUGGGGUCUGGUUCUUUGGGGGACGUUUUGGUCCAAACAAAGCUAAAAGGGCACCUCUGUUUUAAAAUAGCUUACUACGAAAGCAGGAAGGUCCCACUCAGAGAUAUCUAACAUUCCCUCAAAGCCUCUUGAACCCAUUAUUACCCCACACCAAAGGCUCGGCGUCUGUUGUCCAGCAAAUAAUGUGACUGAUGCAGAUGCCUUGGGUUAAUGGUUGAUGGAGGAAGCAGGCAUGCACCCAUUAGGACGUCAGCCACUUGAACUUCAAAACACUUCCCCAUUUCUCUUCCUCUGCCCCCUCGAUACGAGAGCAGAACCACUCCAACUGCAGGAUUUCUUUUUAAACAGAUGGUAACAGGAAGAUGAUCUCAGCCACUUUGACUGAACUGCUGUCACUUUUAUUCACAGCAGGAGGAGGGGGGGGACCCAUGUGGUGUUUAAACAGUGUGUCAAGCUGACAGAGAAAUGACAGAGGGACCCUUAUGAUUAUUAACCCGUCACUUUGUGUUUGUUUUUGCCCCAAGCUUGGAAAAGUUGGCACAAGGGGACCACAUCUGUUUGCAACAACAAAAUGCUCCAAAGUUCACCGGGACUCCACUGUGCUGUAUUUUAUUUACCACCGAAAGGGACAUUUGGAGACAACAAGAGGGGGCAGGGACAAGAGAUUAAGUCUUUGAACUGUUUAAUGUGGCUGCGAGUUUUACUGAGGGGGAGAUGGAAAAAAAACAGUGCCACCAAUCCUUCCUGCACUUCUCUGUCAGUAAUGAUAAGAAAAUUUGAAACUAUUCACCCACCAUAUAAAGACCCCAUAUUUCUUAAUUCAUAGGACUGAUCAAAUGGAGAUCAUAGUACUUUUCUGAUGGAGAUUUUCUUUGUUUUUACCAUAGACUGUAUAUACUAUGGACAACUUAGUUCCACCUCCCGCCAGUAUAUGGAUUUGAAGCCAAAAAGCUCUCGGUAAUUUCACAAUUUUUCUCCUUUUCCUGAAACCAUCAUAGCGCAGUAAUAUUGUACGCAUUCGGCAGGAGAGUCGCAGAGAGUCACUGUGAUGACACUCGGCUCAAACAGCGUAUCCCCCCGGGUGAGCUACUCUUCAUACACCCAUAGGCUGUAUCAGGUGUCAAUCAUAGAAAACAUGAACCCCCUAAUAACUUUUAAAAAUGGAGCUGUACAGAAAAAAGAGGACUUGAGCACAAACCAGUCUUACAAUAACUACAUGUCAACAUCACAAGCAGGGGGGAGAAAAAUGUAUAUUCUGUGUAAUAAAUCUCUAAAGUUUGUCCACAGCUCCAUAAGCUUUGCUGGAGGAGGCGGGAUUUAUGACCUAUACUGCAGCCCAUCACCAGAGGGUGCUGUUCUUGGAGUGGCUUCACCUAGCGAGGAGGCAGACGGCGUCUAUUCUAUAUACGGUCUUUGGAUUUUACUGUAAAAAGUGACAAGAAAAUCCACUUCUGUCAGUGUUAUUCAGUUGCAUUGAGCAGUACAGACUUGGUGGAACUGGAAUAUGCUUAAAUUGACGUAUAAUCACCUCAAUAGGAAAAUCAUCUAGUUUUUGAAACUUGUAAUUAGCCUUUAGGUUCUUGCAACGCCAUGUUUCUACAUUUGGAAAGAACCAACUGCAGAGACCGUACCAUCCAGAAGACAAAAGAAGAAGAGGGUUGUUGUUGUUGCAUGCAGAAGAAUUUGAAUUGACAGAUUUUGGUUGUAAAAACUUAAAAAAUGGAGGAAAACACUCAUUCUGCUUCAGGAGCAUCUUGUCCUUCCAGGCCGCUAUGUAUUCUGUAAUUUCACCAACAGGAGGGGUGAGCAAGGGAGCAUUUCAAACUUAAA